UAUAAGCAUCCUUCACUUUUUGGUGCCUAUUAUUUUCUGACCAUUGUUGAUGAUUAUACACGCUUCACUUGGAUUUUUUUAAUGAGACACAAAAACGAGGCUCAAUCGAUUUUAAAACAAUUUUUUUGCUAUGUCGUCACUCAAUUCACAUCUCGCAUUAAAAAUUUUCGUAGUGACAAUGGUGGUGAAUUCCUUUCCCUCCGAUCUUUUUUUAAAGACAAUGGUGUUAUUUUUCAGCAUUCAUGCGUUUACACACCUUAACAAAAUGGGGUUGUAGAACGCAAAUAUCAUCAUAUUUUACAAGUGGCUCGCGCUUUAAAAUUUCAUGCUCACCUCCCUACUCAUUUUUGGGGGGAGUGUGCCCUCACUGCAGUACAUAUCAUCAAUCGGUUACCCACACCUAUCCUUUCCUUCCAAACCCCAUUUGAGCGUCUAUACUCAAAAUCACCUCACUACCAUCAUCUUCGUGUUUUUGGAUGUCUGGCAUAUGCCACCAAUGUUCAUACCUCACACAAAUUUGAUUAUCGUGUCAUGCCUUAUAUAUUCAUAGGAUAUCUUGCUGGCCAAAAGGUAUAUAAAUUGUAUAACCUUUCAACCAAAAAAGUCAUCACAAGUAGAGAUGUUUUCUUUCAUGAAACUAUUUUUCCAUAUGCAUCUAACAAAACCAUCUCUCAUUGUGACCCCUUUCCAGCAUACUCACACAGUCCAAUCCCCUUUACAAUCCUUGAUACAUCAUCAUUUAAUCACAAUCUCACAGAACAACCCUCUUCUUCCCAACCCAUCGCACCCGACAAUGUCACCCCUUCCUUUUCUAUGCCCCCGGACCUACCCACACACCCAUCAUCCUCCAAUCUCCACACACCAUCUUUCGUAGCAUCAGACUUACCCACACCAGACUCUCAUCCCUUGCCACCACCCAACCCAGAACCACUUCUUCGCUCCAGCCGCCCACAUAAUCCACGAAAAAAAUUACAGGAUUAUAUGUGCUCCCACAUCACGCAUGCUUACACCGACCCAUCUACUUCCUUGCUUCCAGAUCCAAUCAAAGCUCGCCAAUGGUCACUCCACCACUUAGAUGUUAAUAAUGUUUUUCUUCACGGUGACCUCCACAAAGAAAUUUACAUGUCUUCACCGCCAGGCCUUCGGAGACAGGGGGAGGAAAACUUGGUGUGUCGGCUUCACAAGUCACUUUAUGGUUUGAAACAAGCAUCACGACAGUGGUUCUCAAAGUUCUCAGAGGUUAUUCAAGCUGCAGUAUAUGUCCAAUCUCGAGCUGACUACUUGUUAUUCACCAGAACACAAGGUUUAUGCAUGAGCCUCGUAAGUUUCACAUGGAGGUAGCACUUCAUGUCGUACGCUAUCUUAAAAAUGCAUCGGGACAAGGAUUGUUCUUCUCCUCAAACAAUGAUUUCAGGUUAAAAACCUAUUGUGAUUCAAAUUGGGCGGGCUAUCCAAUUACUAGAAGGUCGACCACAGGUUAUUGUUUCUUCCUUGGCUCCUCCUUAAUCUCAUGGAGAUCAAAAUAUCAAAAAACAGUAUCACUCUCUUCAGCUGAAGCAGAAUAUCGUGCCAUGACAAGUGGUUGUUGCGAACUGACUUGGCUGAAACAUCUUCUUUAGAAUUUGGGAGUAUCACUUCAAGAGCCUGCCUUGUUGCACUGUGAUAAUAGAGCUGCAUUACACAUUGUAGCAAACCCAGUCUUUCAUGAGAGGACCAGACACAUACACAUUGAAAUGGACUGCCAUUACAUCAGAGAUCAAAUCCAAGAUGGAUCCAUUGUUACAAGAUUCGUGAAGUCUGCAUAUCAAUCGACAGAUGUCUUGACUAAAGCUUUGGGAAAAGAAGCUUUCAUUCCUAUGAUUCGCAAGUUGGGACUACGGGACAUCCACUCUCCAACUUGAGGGGGAGUGUUAGGAAAGGAAUCUGACAUAUCCUAUGUAUAAACGGCUUACCUUUGUAUUAUAAGAUUGUAGUUAGUAGUAGUUGAUAUUAUAACUGUUAACUAAAUUAUAGGAGAAACAUACAUAUAGGAAAGGGAUUCUGUGAUGACUAGGUACUAUUGUAUAUAUAUAUAUGUACACAUCAACGAUAUGUAAUUAAGCUCUCCAGUCUGCAUUCAGUCUGCGUAAUAAUCCUUUCUCUCAUUGAUCCUCUUUACAAUUUAUACCAAAUCUACCUCCUUAUGCCAUGUUCCUCCCAUGACAAUCAUAAUUUUAUUUCCAAGAUGACCUCCCAUCACCAAUGCCGCGUUACCUUUUGACAUUGUUUUCUACUUCAAAACCUUUCAUUCUCCAAUAAGAUUAUAAUUACAUCAUUUAAACAUGAGGUUUCGCUCUUUAUCCUCAUUUUUAUCUAGUAUAACUCUUGAAAGAUAGUUGUGUAUAUCCAUUCCUUCAUCCAUCCUCAAGAGUACAAAUCUUUCUUAAAAAGAAAAUGAUUAGUCAUGGGUCUAGAAGCAUAAAUACUCUCGUGUUUUUUCCAUAUGCCUCUAAGGGUCAACUCACCUAAGAUAUUGUACUUAACAUAUGGAGUCGAAGCCAAUCGAAUUUGACUCGAUGAUUUCUUCUUAAUUGAGUUCUGAUUAUUGUCCAGGAUUUAUGCAGGUUUAGUUUUUUAAGAGAAAUAUUAAGUCCUUGAGUUGUUAAAACAUUCUUCACUAUCAAAGAACGAAAUCUUUUUUUUUCCUAUUGAACAAUUUGAUUUCAAAUUUUAUCACACCAAUUUGUAUCACUACCACAAUCUUUAGAUUUACCGACAGAAUUUUCCGUCGGUAUUUGUACUAUCAUUCAAUUGGUAAUUAAUUUACCAACGAAAUCACUAACAGAAAUGCUUCGUCAGUGAAUCUUUCGUUGGUAAUUUUUUAUCCGUCGGUAAGUUCAUUGGUAAUAAAAAAAUAUUUUUACUGAUGAAUUUAUUGACGGAAAAGGUGGGCAAAAACAAUUAUCCGCUUCAUUCGGUCGGUAUUUUCCUUGGAAAAUACCGUAUGUAAUUCCAUCGGUAAUUAUUUAAAAAUAUUUUUAAAAAAUCCAUUUUACAAAACUAUAAAAUAAUUAAAUUAAUAUAAAUCAACACUCUAUAAUACUCAAAACGCUUGGAAAAAAGAAGAAUAAAAUCAUAUGAAAAAAAAUCCUACAACAAUAUUCAUACAAUUAUUAAGAACAAAAACAAUUAAAAAUAAAAUAAAAAACAAAUAUAGUGAAAAAAACACGAAAAAAAAAAACUUACCUUAAUGUGGUUGCAAGUGAAGCUAAGAAAAGAAAAAAAAAAUUCGUAAAGUAUAUUAAUUAAAUAAAACUAUGAAGAAAAAAGAAGAAAGGAGAAGAAUAUACAUACCUGAGCAUGGAGGAGAAGAGAAGGAGUUGAGGAGAGGAGAGAAGAGAAAGAAAUGGAUAUUCAUGUUUUUUACAUAUGGGGAAGAAGAAGAAGAAGAAGAAGAAGAAGAAGAAAGGAGAACCGUCUGUUGUGAAAUUAUAAAUUCUAGGCUUUUUAUUGUGCGUUUUACCGACAGAUAAUUAAAUAUUAAUAUUUUUAAUCAUUCCGUCGGUGAUUCUAUCUGUAAUAUUUAAUUUAAAUUUUUUAUUUAAUUAAAAAAUUUUAGAGCCUGCCAAA